AAAUGUCUUCACAUACUACGUACACUCAUAUGCUCGAGGCUCUAACCCUUAGAAGUCUGGAUGGAAAUGCUUGAGAAUCGCUUCUGUCACAACCACCUUUCUUAUCUGACUGUUUCUGAACGAAAGAUGCACGAAGCAGGAGCCUUUGAAGGCCCCUAGCAUGGGAUACUCAUUGUAACAAUAUUCAGCAAGUGCUCCGCGAUGGUAUCCUACGAUCCGGAGAUUAAGAGUGGUAAGUGCGAUGAGACUGAAAUGUACAAAUCUACGUGAUUUGAUUCAUUUUCAUUUUCUUCAAAAGGAUCACCGUUUUGACAAGCCUGAUUAUCUUUUCUGACGAAGAAACUGAACCCAUUGAGAGACGCAGUAAUGUUAUUGCGAAGUUGAGGUCGGUCAGGGAAGCAUCGAUUCAUAGAGCCAUCUAAUGGUCCACGUCAACUAGAAGAGAGGCGUCAAGGUAUUGAGGGAAUGAUAUGGAUUUGUUGGUAGGAUUGAAAACGAGUGAAAAGGAGUAAGCUUCAAAAAUUUGUGAUGCGCAGCCCAUUUAUAUUUAUCCAGUUUGAGUUUUUCCACUUAUCUGAUGAUCUGAUAAUUAUGACCCAGUAUAAUCGGAUUUCCCCAUAUGUUUACGCGUUCUUCAACAAUUUUUUGUUACGGAUAUCACCCGUGGAACAUAUAGCCUCGACUCUUGAGCGGCAAGCAAGCAUCAAUAGAGCGCAGCCUGAUUCGGCUUUCUGCAUGUGCUGCGUUCAAAUCAUCAACUUUUACAACUUUCGGGACCGACUCGGGACCGAAUAGCGUCUUGGCUGCAACUUAUUUACGUACGAUGUACCUAACGAAUAGUAUUUACUCCAGUUUUGAACCUAUGCAUACUAAGUAGUCGUAUUUGCCAGUCACGCAGAUCAUAAUCUCUGUCAACGGCCAUAGGAUGGACAAGGUCUUGCUAAGUAAGCUUCACUUAUGCUCCCCUUAGCCCCGGACGCAGGUGAGCUUAAAACAGCUAAACAUGCAAUGAACCGGUACUUCAUAUUAAUGGUGAAUGAUCAAUCAAGUUAGGGCUUACAAAACAUAUCAAACAACAGUCAUAGCUCCGCUUGAUACUAAGGAUUCUUCCGGGAUAAGGCCUAAUGUCGAGAUGGACACCACAUUAUUGAAGAACCACGUUAUAUUGGGAUUACGUACCCGUGCUUGGACAUGGUCGUGCCAGGUUCAUGGUGCCCCGCAUUCACACUGGUAUGCAGAGAGGUAGUGGCCAGGUUUAUCAGAUUGAGGGGACAUUCUAUGCCGAGUUGUUUAUUGUUAGCACGUGUUACUGGUAAAUCUUAGGCUUGUAAAGGAGUUAAUUAGCGGAAACCGUUCACA